GGAAACGGUAAUCAAGCUCUCUCUUUAGCAGCGACUUCCAGUGGAAAAUUUUCAGAGACUCUCACUCCUGUGGCUAUAUAAAGAGAAACCUUCUAAAAACUCACACAGGAGUAUUAAUUUCCUCUGUUGUUGUUACUGUGGAGUUAUAGUGAUCGAUCACCGUCGAGAUUGCAUUUGGUUCUGUUUUUGAAAGAUGGAAGAAGGCGGUGUGCAGGCGCGUUAUGUGAAGCUGACCAGAAAACAAGCGGAGGUGAUUAGGCCUGGUGAACUUAAUCAGGCCAUUCACGUUCCUCAGCUUCAUCGCAAGUGCAGUGAAUGUAGACAGCCUUUACCUGAAAGGUUUGUGUUUCCUAAAGAUGAACCCUGGACCACUGGCAUUUUUGGUUGCGCUGAAGAUACCGAGAGUUGCUGGACAGGACUUUUGUGCCCUUGUGUUUUGUUUGGACGCAAUGUUCAGAGAAUAAGAGAUGAUGCCAAUUGUAUUGGUCCAUGCAUGUGUCACGCCGUUGUAAUUGAAGGUGGGAUUGCACUUGCAGCAGCAACGGCAGCAUUUUAUGGCUUCGACCCAAGCACAUCACUUCUUAUAUGUGAGGGUUUACUGUUUAGCUGGGGGAUAUGUGGCCUCUACACUGGUCUCUUUAGGCAGUGGCUGCAGAGGAAGUAUCAUCUCAAGAGCUCACCGUGUGGCCCGUGUCUGGUGCACUGCUGCAUGCACUCGUGUGCCUUGUGCCAAGAACACCGGGAGAUGAACGGACGUCUCUCUGAUGGCGUUGUUGUGCCAAGGACCAUCGUCAACCCUCCCCCAGUUCAAGAGAUGAACUCUGCCAACGACAGCAGCGGUACCUCAGCACCCUCUGUGCAAAGCGUUGACCACGCCAGUUUGGAGAUGCAAGCCUCUUAGAUCCGCCGACGCCCAUAGUGCAAGAUAAUAAAAGAGAACCAUAUAAUUCAACAAGGGUGUGCAUGUGUUGGGUUUUACUCAUAUGAGAAAUUUAAUUACUGGGAAUUUAUACAGAUUCCUUUUGUGUCUAGAGACUAGGAGAAUACAGAGUUUAAGGCUCCAUUGGGGAGAAAUUCUCUCGGUUUUAUUAAUGCAAGUCCCUUAUGUUUGGGAGGUCUUCCUAAAA